AUGGCUUGUCUUUUCAUUCUCUUAACAUUUUAUUUUGCAGAGACCCUUUCUGAAGAUGGUAGCAUCCUCUUCUUCAUUCCUUUGGUCAUCAUCUACGUGUUCAUUGUCAUUGGAAAUCUCAUUGUCUUUUUUGCAGUCAGGAUAGAUACACGUCUCCACAAUCCCAUGUACAAUUUCAUCAGCAUUUUCUCAUUUUUGGAGAUCUGGUAUACCACAGCUACCAUUCCCAAGAUGCUCUCCAACCUCAUCAGUAAGCAGAGGACCAUCUCCGUGAUUGGCUGCCUCUUGCAGAUGUACUUUUUCCAUUCACUUGGAAAUUCAGAGGGGAUUUUGCUGACUACCAUGGCCAUUGACAGGUACAUAGCCAUUUGUAAUCCCCUUCGCUACCCAACUAUUAUGAACCCUUGGCUGUGUGCUCGGCUCUCAGCAGGCUCCUGUGUCUUUGGCUUUCUUGUGUUGCUCCCAGAGAUUGUGUGGAUUUCCACACUGCCCUUUUGUGGCCCCAAUCAAAUCCAUCAGAUCUUCUGUGACCUUGAACCUGUUCUGCGCUUGGCCUGUACAGAUACUUCCAUGAUCCUGAUUGAGGAUGUGAUCCAUGCUAUCGCCAUCAUCUUCUCUGUCCUGAUUAUUUCCCUCUCUUAUGUCAGAAUCAUCACUGUGAUCCUGAAGAUUCCCUCUACUGAGGGCCGCCAGAAGGCCUUUUCCACCUGUGCUGCCCAUCUUGGUGUCUUUCUGAUGUUCUAUGGCAGUGUGUCCCUUACAUACCUGCGUUUCUCUACUACCUUCCCACCAGCUUUGGACACAGCCAUUGCAUUGAUAUUUGCAGUUCUUGCUCCUUUUUUCAACCCUAUCAUCUAUAGUUUGAGAAACAAGGAUAUGGAGACUGCAAUUAAGAAGCUUCUUUGCCCUCAGAAUGUGUUUAAUGCAUUUGCAAAUUAA